AUGAACUCCAUCGUCAAUGGACUCUACACCUUCAUGUCCACAACCGUCGUCCCAGCAGUCACAGAACAGGCAGCGAACCUUGUUGGAGGAGCUUCUGCACUUGCCGAAGGAGCAACACAGGCUCUAACACAAAUCAGUCAGACUGCUCUCGAGUGGGGAUCUGGCUCAGAGGAUGCCACGGCUUCUUCUGAAGUCUUCUCAUGGGAGCAACAAGGGGCGGCGGCGGCGUCGUCUGAUCUUCAAGAGGAUAAAAAGGAGACGACAGAGGAUGUUCACCAGGAGGCGAUAGGAGCAUCGUCACCAAAUACAUCGAUCGAAUGGGAAGUGAUCCAUGAGAAUCCAGACGAGACGGGUCCAAUCAGGCACAAUCAAUUUGAGAUGGUGCAAAACAACUACGAGUGGAUGAAGAAUUCCAAAUGA